UACAAUCUGCCGAGAGGGGGGGGGGGUUGAACGAAUAAAAUCAACUGGGUAGCUCGGUCUUUGUUUCUCGCUAGAAGGAAAACCAAGGGACGCUGCUUCUGGCGAGAAUUUAUACUUCACCGCUCACCGUUUUUUCGGGUACAGCUGCUGUCACACAUUCCCGGUCUCCCUUGAGAGAUGUCCACCCCGGACCCCCCAAUGGGUGGGACCCCUCGGCCGGGCCCCUCUCCAGGCCCUGGACCAUCUCCAGGAGCUAUGAUGGGUCCAAGCCCUGGUCCCUCUCCGGGCUCUGCCCACAGCAUGAUGGGGCCCAGCCCGGGACCUCCUGGAUCUGGACAUCCACACCCUCCACAGGGACCCUCAGGUUAUCCUCAGGACAACAUGCACCAGAUGCACAAACCCAUGGAAGGCAUGCAUGAGAAAGGAAUGCCCGAUGACCCUCGCUAUGGCCAGAUGAAGGGCAUGGGCAUGAGACCAGGGGGGCACAGUGGGAUGGGACCCCCUCCGAGCCCCAUGGACCAACAUUCCCAAGGUUACCCCUCCCCUUUGGGAGGCUCAGAGCAUGCCCCUAGCCCUGUCCCAGCCAAUGGCCCUCCCUCUGGCCCUAUGAUUCCUGGAGGCCCCUCUGGCCCUGGGGCUGGCCCUAUGGAGGGCAGUGGGGACCCUGGCCAGGGAAUGGGCCAGCAGAACCGCGGUGGUCCCCAGGGUCCAGGCGGGCCUGGUGGUGCGGGAGGAGGACCGGCUGGCACAGGUGGACCCACUCCUUUCAACCAGAACCAGCUACACCAGCUCCGAGCCCAGAUCAUGGCCUACAAGAUGUUGGCACGCAGUCAGCCCUUACCAGAGCACCUGCAGAUGGCUGUACAGGGCAAGAGGCCCAUGCCAGGGAUGCAGCAGCAGCCAGUGCCUAGCAUGCCACCAUCUAGUGGUCCUGGAGCUGGGGCUGGGCCGGGACCAGCUCAAGCCAACUACAAUAGACCGCAUGGUAUGGUAGGUCCCAACAUGCCUCCUCCUGGACCUGCAGGUGUUCCCCCAGGUAUGCAAGGCCAGCCUACCAACGGACCACCAAAAUCAUGGCCCGAAGGACCAAUGGUGAAUGCGGCUGCCCCUUCCAGCGCUCCUCAGAAGCUUAUUCCACCUCAGCCCACCGGCAGACCAUCUCCUGCUCCUCCCUCCGUUCCUCCUGCUGCUUCCCCAGUCAUGCCGCCUCAGACCCAGUCUCCAGGACAGCCCGCUCAGCCUCCGCCCAUGAUGCUGCACCAGAAACAGAAUCGCAUUACCCCCAUUCAGAAACCCCGUGGGCUGGACCCAGUGGAAAUCCUACAGGAGAGAGAGUACCGGCUACAGGCUCGCAUUGCUCAUCGUAUCCAGGAACUGGAGAACCUGCCUGGCUCUCUAGCAGGAGACUUGCGUACCAAGGCUAACAUCGAACUUAAGGCCCUGAGGCUGCUUAACUUCCAGAGACAGCUACGUCAGGAGGUGGUGGUUUGUAUGCGUCGGGACACUGCUUUGGAAACCGCUCUUAACGCUAAAGCCUAUAAGCGCAGCAAACGUCAGUCACUACGGGAGGCACGCAUCACUGAGAAACUGGAGAAACAGCAGAAGAUCGAACAGGAACGCAAACGUCGCCAGAAACACCAGGAAUACCUCAACAGCAUCUUGCAGCAUGCAAAGGACUUCAAGGAGUACCACCGCUCCAUUACAGGGAAGAUCCAGAAGGCUACUAAAGCUGUGGCCACCUAUCAUGCCAACACUGAACGUGAGCAGAAGAAGGAGAAUGAGCGCAUUGAAAAGGAGAGAAUGCGGAGGCUGAUGGCUGAGGAUGAAGAGGGCUACCGUAAACUCAUUGACCAAAAGAAAGACAAGCGUCUGGCCUACUUGCUGCAGCAAACAGAUGAGUAUGUGGCCAACCUCACUGAGCUGGUGCGGGCCCACAAAGCUGCACAAGCUCUCAAGGAGAAGAAGAAGAAGAAGAAAAAGAAGCCAGAGAUGUCAGAUGGUGGGGCACCUUCCCUGGGACCAGAUGGAGAGCCGUUGGAUGAGACUAGUCAGAUGAGCGACCUGCCGGUGAAGGUCAUCCAUGUGGACAGCGGAAAGAUCUUGACUGGGGUUGAUGCACCCAAGGCUGGCCAGCUGGAGGCCUGGCUUGAAAUGAACCCUGGGUAUGAAGUAGCUCCACGGUCAGACAGUGAAGACAGUGGUUCUGAAGAGGAGGAGGAGGAGGAGGAUGAGGACGAUCAGCCACACUCCUCUUCAGCACCAGCAGAGGAGAAGAAGAAGAUUCCUGACCCUGACAGUGAAGAUGUAUCUGAAGUGGAUGUCCGGCACAUCAUUGAACAUGCCAAACAGGAUGUAGAUGAUGAGUACGGAAAUGCAGCCUUCGCCAGAGGCCUGCAGUCAUACUACGCUGUGGCUCACGCUGUCACCGAGAAGGUGGAGAAACAGUCCUCACUGCUGGUCAAUGGGCAGCUCAAACAGUACCAGAUCAAAGGCCUGGAGUGGCUGGUGUCGCUGUACAACAACAACCUCAAUGGCAUCUUGGCAGAUGAGAUGGGCCUCGGAAAAACAAUCCAGACCAUCGCUCUCAUCACUUACCUCAUGGAGUACAAACGCAUCAACGGACCCUUUCUCAUCAUUGUACCACUCUCGACAUUAUCCAACUGGGUCUACGAGUUUGAUAAGUGGGCACCAUCUGUGGUGAAGGUGUCCUACAAGGGUUCCCCAGCUGCUCGUCGUUCAUUCGUCCCCAUCCUGCGCAGUGGCAAGUUCAAUGUGCUUCUCACUACAUAUGAGUACAUCAUCAAGGACAAACAAGUACUAGCUAAACUUCGCUGGAAGUACAUGAUUGUGGACGAGGGCCAUCGUAUGAAGAACCACCACUGUAAGCUGACCCAGGUCCUGAACACACACUAUUUGGCCCCGCGGCGUCUAUUGCUCACAGGCACCCCGCUGCAGAACAAGUUGCCUGAGCUCUGGGCGUUGCUCAACUUCCUCCUGCCAACCAUUUUCAAGAGCUGCAGCACCUUCGAGCAGUGGUUCAAUGCCCCCUUUGCCAUGACUGGAGAGAAGGUGGACCUAAAUGAAGAAGAGACCAUCCUGAUCAUUCGUCGUUUACACAAAGUGCUCCGACCCUUCCUGCUGCGCCGACUCAAGAAGGAAGUCGAGGCCCAGCUGCCUGAGAAGGUGGAGUAUGUGAUCAAGUGUGACAUGUCAGCCUUACAGAGAGUUUUGUACAGACACAUGCAGGCCAAGGGUGUCCUGCUCACUGAUGGCUCCGAGAAAGACAAGAAGGGUAAAGGUGGUACAAAGACACUGAUGAACACUAUCAUGCAACUGAGGAAGAUCUGCAACCAUCCCUACAUGUUCCAGCACAUUGAGGAGUCCUUCUCUGAGCAUCUGGGUUAUUCUGGUGGAAUAGUGAGUGGACCUGACCUGUACCGCUCCUCUGGGAAGUUUGAGCUGCUGGAUCGUAUCCUGCCCAAGCUGAGGGCCACCAACCACAAAGUGCUGCUCUUCUGUCAAAUGACCUCACUCAUGACCAUCAUGGAGGACUACUUUGCCUACCGCAACUUCAAGUACUUACGUCUGGAUGGAACCACCAAGGCUGAGGACCGUGGCAUGCUACUUAAGACUUUCAACGACCCUGCCUCUGAGUAUUUUGUGUUCCUGCUCAGUACCAGAGCGGGAGGCCUCGGCCUCAACCUGCAGUCUGCUGACACAGUCAUUAUCUUCGACAGCGACUGGAACCCACAUCAGGACUUGCAGGCUCAGGACAGAGCCCAUCGUAUUGGCCAGCAGAACGAGGUGCGUGUGCUGCGCCUCUGCACUGUCAACAGCGUGGAGGAAAAGAUCCUGGCAGCGGCCAAGUACAAGCUGAACGUGGACCAGAAGGUUAUCCAGGCGGGCAUGUUCGACCAGAAGUCCUCAGGCUAUGAACGUCGGGCCUUCUUGCAGGCCAUUCUGGAGCACGAGGAGCAGGACGAGGAGGAAGAUGAAGUGCCUGAUGAUGAGACUGUCAACCAGAUGAUUGCCAGAAGUGAAGAGGAGUUCGAACAGUUUAUGCGAAUGGAUCUAGACAGGCGCCGCGAGGAGGCCCGCAACCCUAAGAGGAAGCCUCGGCUGAUGGAGGAGGACGAUAUGCCCAGCUGGAUCCUCAAGGACGAUGCUGAGGUGGAGAGGCUGACCUGCGAAGAGGAGGAGGAAAAGAUGUUUGGCAGAGGCUCCCGCCAACGUAAGGAAGUGGACUACAGUGAUUCACUCACUGAGAAACAGUGGCUCAAGGCCAUAGAAGAGGGUAAUCUGGAGGACAUUGAGGAGGAAGUGCGUCACAAAAAGACAACCAGAAAGCGCAAGAGAGACCGUGACCACGAUGCCGGCCCGGCCACACCCAGCUCCAGUGGUGGCCGUGGACGGGAGAAGGACGAAGAGGUGAAGAAGGCGAAGAAGCGCGGCCGCCCGCCUGCUGAGAAGCUCUCUCCCAACCCUCCUUCCCUCACCAAGAAGAUGAAGAAGAUUGUUGAUGCUGUUAUCAAAUAUAAGGACGGCAAUGGGCGGCAGCUGAGUGAGGUCUUUAUCCAGCUGCCCUCUCGCAAGGAGCUGCCAGAGUACUAUGAACUCAUCCGCAAACCAGUCGACUUCAGGAAGAUCAAGGAGAGGAUCCGCAGCCAUAAGUACCGCAGCUUGAAUGACCUGGAGAAAGAUGUGAUGCUGCUGUGUCAGAACGCCCAGACCUUCAACCUGGAGGGGUCUCUGAUCUAUGAGGACUCCAUCGUGCUUCAGUCGGUCUUCACCAGCGUGAGGCAGAAGAUUGAGAAGGAGGAGGACAGUGAGGGUGAAGAAAGCGAGGAAGAGGAGGAGGAGGUAGACGAAGGCUCAGAGUCUGAAUCUCGCUCAGUGAAGGUGAAGAUAAAGCUGAGCCGGAAAGAAAAGGGGGAGCGAGGAGGAAAAGGACAACGCCGGAGGGGCCGAGGUUCCCGGGCCAAACCUGUGGUGAGCGAUGAUGACAGUGAAGAGGAACAGGAGGAGGAGCGCUCGGCCAGUGGCAGCGAGGAGGACUGAAGUGAACCACUCCUGACCGGACCAACGACCCACUGAGCCCCUCGACUGGAAUUUAUAUAUUUUACUUAGAUACCACAGCGGGGAGAGAGCCAGUGGAAAAGGCCUAGUUUUACUUAGUUCAGCUGAUUUUUAGUGAGACAACUGUAUUCUCAUUAAAUCAAACAUUAAUUAAAAACCAACAAAAAAAGAAAGCUCAAAACCAUCCACUUCAUAUUUAAGCCAGGUUUCCCCAGUAUGAAUAGUAGAACUGUGUCAUUUUUGCCUUUUUUUUCUCUUUCUUUUCUUGUUAAAGUGAAAUUUGACAGGGCCUCAGUUGCAGACUGAUCGUGGACCACAUGGAGAGCUAACUGACAUUUUUUAAAAAGUGGUUUAUAUUAAUUUUGUCAUCUUUUUUUCUCUCUUGUGAGGCAAAGCUUAUGUGUGGACAAGAGUCACUGUUGUUCUGUAAAGCCCAUUUUGAAUGCAUGUCGUGCGUGUCUGUGGAAAUGCACCUGGAUGUGUCCUUGGCUAUUAUCUAUGUUUAAUUUAAGACUUACAUGCAGGAGCACGGUACGUCCCACCCUGAGGCCCCUCCCUCUCAGGCUGUGUAUGAAGAGAGGAAGGUGGGGUGGGUAGGACCAUUUCUCGUGUCGGUGUCACUGGAUUCCCAAAAAGUACAAUAAAGGCAUCUCAUAAUUACA